AUUGUUUCCCUUCUACGUGACUUUACCGAAAGAACUAAGAAUAUGAAUCCCUGCAGUCACGAAAGCUUUAAAUCAAAAUUUAGUGUUUAAGUAAUAAUUGAAAUAUAUCUAUUAUGGUUUAUUUAAAAUAAAGAUUUGUGGAUUUUUUUUUACAAAUUUGUGGGCAAGAGAUGUAUGAUUUUGUCCCUGAAUUGUUAAAAGGUCCGUAGUGAAUUAUAUUUUAAUGCCACUGAACACUGGGAAGCCAUAUGGUCGGUAAAUAGGGUAGGCAGCAUUUUUGCGUGUAGCACAGCAGGGGAAACGUUACAUGUCGACCUGCAUAACACUGAUGUGGUAGCCUGCUUCAACAGUUUAAUGAGGUCUGUUAUAAAAUAUUUUGUCCGGUUACGUGCUUCAGCAGCAGCACACAUGCCCUGGAAAACUAGCGAACACCACUUACAUUUAGGCUACUUAACUAAAUGUAUUUUUUUAUGUAACUGUUAAGGUAAUAAUAUGUACUUUGUAAGAGUAAUAAAAACCCAUCGGAAUUAUAAAAAUGUAAAGUUUAAAAAAUAAUGAAAUUUUAGUUACUUCUCCUGUGGUCAUCACACAAUGACCUAUGUUGGUGUUGGUUCUGUUCCACAGCCUUCUGAUCACCUGGCAACUGUCCUACAACAAAACAUUUUUUGAUUGGAUUCGGACAGCAAAAAUGUCACCACGACCAGUGUACUCGGCAGGCUCAGAGGACCAGGACUUUGACCCGUCAGCCGAGAUGCUGGUGCAUGAGUUUGACGAUGAGCGGACGCUGGAGGAGGAGGAGGAGGAGGCACGCGAGAGCGAGCAUAACUUUUCUUCCGAGGUGGAGGACCUGGAGAAGGAGGGUGAGAUGCCACUCGAAGAACUUCUGGCGCUCUAUGGGUACGGUGCUCCACUCACAGCUGCGGCACUACCCGGGGGAGCGAGUCCAGAGAGCGACCUCCCUGACAACCUUCCAGAAAUGACGCUCGAUAAGGAGGAGAUUGCCAAAGACUUGCUGUCGGGCGAAGAUGACGAGAGUCAGUCCUCAGCUGAUGACCUCAUGCCCUCGGUCAUCUCCAAUGGCACCCAGGACAUCUUUGGCUGCUCCUUCCAGUUGGACACAGAGAUGGACGGCAACGAGGGGACGGAUUUCUCGGACGAGGACGAGUGUGUGGCUGCCGAGGAGAGGAAGACGGUGAUGGUGGGGUCGCAGUACCAGGCCAUCAUUCCUGCGGGACUUUUCCGCUAUCAAGCUGACUCUGGUCCGGCGGACGAGGCGCAGUGGGACCCCUGCGUCCUCCCCGAGAGUCAGGUCCUGCUCUACCUGAGGGAAGCGGCGGAGGGUGGCGUGGCGCCGGCGCCGUCGUCGCGCUGCAGGGAAGGGCCCGCCAUCUCGGUCCUGCUGCCUCCCCUGUUGCCGCCCGGCACCUGCCCCGACGACGAUCACGCUCUCCGGGAACUAAUGGCGUGUAACUACGACACGAGGGAGGCUCUGGCUCGCCUCCGGCUCGCUCCAGCACCUCCCAGAGACGAAAUGCACAAGUGGACGGACGAAGAGCGCCUGAAGUUCGAAGAAGGGUUCAGGUUGCACUACAAGGACUUCCAUGUCAUCCACACCCUGGUGGGCACCAAAUCCGUGGCAGAGUGCGUGGCAUUUUAUUACGUAUGGAAGAAAUCCCGGCGACUGGAGUUCAUGCAGCAGAGCCGGAUGGGCAAGCGCAAGGCCAGCCUGCAACCAGGACUUGGGGAUGGCGUGGAGUUGGAGGCAGAGGGCUCGGCUCGUUCGCUCGCUCCAUUGCUGGCGGGGGGCUCUCGCAGGGAACGCGUUCCUGGGGACGACGGCCACGCUGCCGCCAGUGUCGCUGCCGCCAGUGUCGCUGCCGACCUGGCGGUGCAAGUGCUGGAAUCUCUCAGCUCGUCGGACCUUGGCCUCACAUGCACCGACAUGCUGCUUCUGCGCGGCGGCGGUGGCAGCCGUGGUGGCUGCAGUGGUGGCGACGGUAUCGUUGUCUCCCCAUCGGGGAGCCCGGCAGCACUGGGGCCCUUCCUCACGGCCGUCCUCGACCACCCGGCGGGCGGCAGCUGGGACGGGACGAGCGCGGAGUCGUCGUGCUUGCCCCUGGCCGACGGGGGCCCGUCCACGCCAGACUCGGUGGCGCACAGCACCACCAGCAGCUCCGUGGGCGAAGACCAAGAGGUGCCGGCCAAGCGGCUCAAGCUGGAACUGUACGGGGACGGCUCGUUGUCCGCCGAUGCUGGCGGGUCAUCGUCGUCGUCGUCGUCGUCGUCUUCGUCUUCCUUGUCGGCGGAGGGGAGCGAGCCGGCGGUGCGAUUGGCGCUGGAUCUGGGCGCCGUGGAGACGGCGGGCGGUGGCCGCCUACUGUCGGCCCACGUGCUGCGCCACCCGCCCCCCGCCGCGUCCGAGCCCUGCUCCCAGUGACACAACGGCGGGGAAAGAAAGGAAAUGCACGAGCGGAAGCAUAAAAUGAACAAUUUUGAAAAUAUAAAAAAAAAUUACGUUUUAAACUUUUGUUGAAAUGUAAAAAAAACGGGACAAAAGAGAGGGAGGAUACAAAAAACAGUGUUUACAUUUCACAGCUCCUGCACUGCACAUUGGUGAGCUGGAUUGACUCUGAAAUACGAGGCAUCGGUGAUGUCUUUUAACCCACAGUGGAAAAAAAACGUUGUGGUAGACUUUUCUCUGUGAGUUUUUACACUUUAAUGUGCGGCGAGCCUGCCGUGUGAUUGCUGCGAACUGAGAUGCGUGUGUGUGUGUCACUGUAAAUAUUAUAUACAUACAGUAUGAAGUACAUUCAUUUUUUUGGUAAUUUUUUCGUUUACUUUUUCACAAAAGAAUGCAGAUAAUUUAGGUACAAAAGAUUUAGUUUUUUGCCGUUUUAAAGUAAUAUUAACAUAGUAAUACUCUAUUGCGUUUUUUUGGCCUUUAUUGAGCCAUUCAUUCCAUCGUUGUGUGGUGUGGGAUGUGGAAAGGGGCGUUUCAUCUUCAGUGUUAAUUUAUUGCCGUCGUAGGGUGCAUCGUCUGUUGUACUUUACACCCUGGAGUUGUGCUGGAGGGAGUUCCCCGCACCCCACGUGUUCGGCCUUCUCGGUGCAACUGGCCAGCCGUGACAAGGGCGGCCCGCCACUGCCCCUUCGGUUCGCAAGCAGUCGCCUUUGCCUAGCGGCGGAGGCGAAGAGCGAGGCGAGCGUGGGCAAGCAAGCUCACCGGUGGGGAGCGUGGGGGUUGCGGCCAUAUCCUGUGUGUGCGUGUUUUAUUUGCUCGCUACCCUUUGUGGACUGCCGGCCAGUAAAGGGAGCCCAUUUAGCCUCGGUGACGACGGCACUGAAAGUGUCCGCCGGCUGCAGGUACACUUUUUUUUAAGUUGAACGCUCUUGAGAUUUGUUUUGUUCGGCUUAUUUUUUUUUGAACGUCCCGUGUCGUAGUUGUCUUUUUUUCACCCACACUAAGUUUACAAGGAGAGUUCUGCUCACAGGCUGCAGCGACUGCUUUGGUUACAACAAAACGAAGAUGAAAGAAAAUGUGCAUUAAAAAGAAAAAUGACAUUUACUGUAGCAAUUGUAUGUAAUUAGCACUAGAUGCAAGAAUAAUACAUUUAAUUUAUUAAACGGGAAUGUUUAUAGUGUAAUGUAAUUGCAACAUCUUAAAUGCUGAGAUUUCUUGCAACUUUGCCAAGUUAAAUGGGUAUAUUGUCUCGGGGAUUGUGAAAUACAAGCAUUGUUGUUGGGGUUUUGCUUGGAUGGGUGGAUGCCGAUGAAAGCGUUUUAGUCUUAGGCUGCCACGGAGAAGUAGUUUAGGAGUCCGGUACAGUGUUUCUCCAUUCUGUGUCUUUGCCACGGUCAUUUGAAGAUUGUUUUUUGCGUUCCCAUUCUGCAGUGUCCUCAUUUUGCUCCAUUUUAUAACAAUAAUUAUAAUACUACAGGUCUGUCGGUAACGCGCCAGCCGUUUAGGGUGCUUUUGUAAACUGUUCUAUUUACCGUUUGCGUGCUCUCGGAAACCAAAGUUUUUUUUCCCUUUUUAUAUUCCUGUUAAAGUUGUUCCUGAUGGUUUAUUUUGUGGACGAGAUGAUCGCGUUGGCACUGAGGUCAAAUAAGUGAACAUCUCAUAAUUUUUAUUUUUUUAUUUGUAUUAAAAGAAAAAUAGUAACCUAAAUAUAAAGAGACAUUUAAUGAAUGUAGUGUCCCUGUAAUCCCCUUACAAAAUUACUCAAUAUGUGGCAAGACAUUGAGGGAAAUGGGAGCUCUGCAAUGUGUAGGUUCAUGACUGCGUUUGAUGUGAAAAGAUAAACCCCUUGAGAAAUGAAGGAUUUCUAACGUUUUCAGAAAUUGUACCAGACUUAAAAACCUUGCGUUGAUAAACAUAUUGUUUCUCUAUCAAUUAUUAUUCUCAGUAGUUUGUCCAUGUCAAGGCAUUCAUUACAGUGCCUAGUUUAGUCAACUGUAAAGCAACUCAUGAAGGCGUGUCCAGUGUAAGGCAAUUCCAGCUCUUGUUGCUGUCAAUUUGUACCCAGACAGUUAAAUGACUCCCUACUUAUCCCAAAAUGUGGAGAAAGACGGCAAAGACACUUCAUCUUGCACUGUGCGAGUGGCCAGUUGGGAGCGGUGCGGGUGUUCUUGGAGGAGGGAAGAACUCGCCCCAACGAUGUGCCCUUUACCACCGUGACUUGGCCUUCUGAAUCCGCAAAGCGACCCAAAUAAAGGGGUGCAUCUCUCGUAAAGCUGACACGUGUGUAAUGUAGCCAGAUCAUAAUUUAAAUUCAAAAACAGUUAUGAGCUGGGCACAUUUUCCUUUGCCCACAUGACGGUAUACAGUCACGACACCGUGCCUGUAAACCCAGAGUUGUGGUGGUAAAGAGUGAAAGAAGCUUGCAGCAGUUGGCUUAGAAGCUGAACCCAGGUGUGAGUGUGUGAUGGGCGGAUGAACUUCCAUUUGGGCCUUGGGCAAAUGCUUGGGGCACCGGUUCUGCACCUCCAAUACUCUACACUGCUGGCUAAUGCCCAGCUUUUCAUGUCUGCCAAUCUCAUGUUGAUGAGGUGUUAAUGUGUAAAUUAUAUUAAUGUUUUACUUGCAACACAUUUCAAUUAUUACCCUACAUUCUUCUCAGAUCUACUUGUCAAACCACUCUCGUGUGCGUGUUGCGAGUUUGUUGUCCUUCCCCCGCACCUCCGAUGAGCACGGUUGCCUACGUACGGUGCGAAAGAAGGUCAACAUGCACACAUAAUGAGGGAUUUUAUUGGUAAAAGGUGAGAGCUACAGUAAUUGCUUGACGAGUAACCACUUACUCAGGGCAGCAAGUGUCCUGUGGGACCACGACGGACCAGCUCUCCAUAUCCCAGAAAAACAAAUACGUGAGAUGUACAUUGCAUCAAAUAAUACAUGCGAGGUGAACAAUGCUUAGGCUGCACAGUCUUAUGGAAAACAUCCCACACAAUACUUGCAAGCGCAGUCGAGGGGUGUGUGCGCACGCAGCUGCUACGUUCAGCCACCAGCCUCGGAGGUGACCAUUUAACUGGAGCGGUCUCGUAGAUCCCGAGUUCAAAUCCGCGCAGCCGGUGGUGAUGUCAGGAUAUUCAUUUUGCAAGGAAUUGUUUUUGUUGCAUAAGCCUCUGGCCCCAAGUAUGCUUCACAUUGGGGGUCUAUUUUAAUGUCUACAAUUUUUUCAGCUGAUUACGAUUUUCAUCAAUUGGAGAGAAUGUUUGUAUGGAUGUACACUACGCAAUAACAACGUUGUCUAGUUAUGCGUAAAUUGAAUGGUAACCUGAAGUAGUCGCCAUUGUUUGGUGAAAUGCGUAUACAUACUGUGCUGUAUAUUGGAACACGAUGCGAUGUGGAUUAGUAAAACAAGCUUUUAUGUAACUGAA